GUCCGAGUUUCGCCGUGGCUGCGUCCGUCCCAUUCACCGCGAGUGUGCAGCAGAAGGGCAGAUAAAAAGCGGCAGAUUAUCAUGGAGUAAGUGGGCACUGGGAUGGAGGGAGGCGGCCGUAAAGGGAGAGAUUAUAAAUAGAGGUGUCCGGCAUGUGGUGUGGCACUUGUCUCGCGACUCCUCUCUGUGGUUCCUGAGCUGCACCGAGACUAAUCCGAAGACGACUCCAGCAAAGCCAUGUGUGGCAUUUUCGCCUAUCUCAACCACCUGACUCCGAAGACCAGGAAGGAAGUGUUGGACUUCCUGGUCAACGGCCUCAAAAGACUUGAGUACAGAGGAUAUGACUCCGCAGGAGUUGCUGUCGACUCGGCCGAUGGAAAUAAUAUGGCCAUUAUCAAAAAGAGCGGAAAGGUGCAGGCUUUGGAAGAUGAAAUCAACUCUUUGGCUUCCAGUUUGGCUUUCGACACAAUAAUGGACUGUCACGUGGGCAUUGCCCACACUCGCUGGGCCACUCACGGAGUUCCCAAUGCCCAGAACGCUCACCCUCAGCGUUCCGACACGGAAAACACCUUCUGCUUGGUGCACAACGGCAUCAUCACCAACUACAAGGACAUCAAGUUGUUCCUGGCCAAGAAGGGCUACACUUUUGAAUCGGACACGGACACCGAAAUCAUCGCCAAGUUGAUGCUGCACAUCUACAAGUCCCACCCUCAAAACACCUUCCAGGAAAUCGUCGAACAAUGCAUUCAGCAACUGGAAGGAGCUUUUGCCGUUUGCUUCAAGAGCAAAUUGUUCCCUGGCGAGUGCGUGGCGUCGCGUCGUGGAAGCCCCUUGUUGGUCGCCAUCAAGACCAAAACUCGUCUAGCCACCGACCACAUUCCCAUUCUCUACGGCAAAGAAAGUCGAACAGAUCCAGCUGAGGCCAAGGCAAAAACAGAUUUCAGACCUCACGGUGGGCCUGCGACCAACGAAACUUUGACUGCCGCUUCCUUGAUGCCACGCACACCUUCCACGGCUGAAUUCCAGCCGAUGGAGGAGGACAAGCAGGUCGAGUAUUUCUUCGCCUCGGACGCCAGCGCCGUCAUCGAACACACCAACAGAGUCAUCUUUUUGGAGGAUGAUGAUGUGGCCGCAGUGAAAGAUGGCACCCUGACCAUUCACCGCAUUCGACGCAACCUGGACGACCCGCACGCCCGCGAGAUCACCACAAUCAAGAUGGAAAUCCAGCAGAUCAUGAAGGGCAACUACAACUCGUUCAUGCAGAAGGAAAUUUUCGAGCAGCCCGAGUCUGUGGUCAACACCAUGAGAGGAAGGAUGAACUUCGAGGGGCAGUCCAUCAUCCUGGGCGGCAUCAAGGACUACAUUCCUGAGAUCAAGCGGUGCAGGAGGUUGAUGCUGAUCGCUUGCGGCACUUCUUACCACAGCGCUGUAGCCACAAGGCAGCUGCUGGAGGAGUUGACCGAGUUGCCAGUGAUGGUGGAACUUGCGUCCGACUUCCUGGACCGCAACACCCCCGUCUUCCGCGACGACGUCUGCUUCUUCAUCUCGCAGUCGGGCGAAACGGCCGACACCCUGAUGGCCCUGCGCUACUGCAAGAACCGCGGUGCCCUGAUCGUCGGCGUCACCAACACGGUCGGCAGCUCCAUUUGCAGAGAGUCGCACUGCGGCGUGCACAUCAACGCCGGACCCGAGAUCGGCGUCGCCUCCACCAAGGCCUACACCUCCCAGUUCAUCUCGCUCGUCAUGUUCGGACUGGUCAUGAGCGAGGACAGGAUUUCACUGCAGCAACGCAGGAAGGAUAUCAUCCAAGGCCUGCGACAGCUGGAGGAGCAGAUCAGAGAAGUGCUGAAGUUGGACUCGAAGGUGCAGGAGCUGGCCAAGGAUCUUUACAAACACAAGUCUCUGCUCAUCAUGGGCAGGGGCUACAAUUUUGCCACCUGCCUCGAAGGCGCAUUGAAAGUGAAAGAGUUGACGUACAUGCACAGCGAGGGCAUCAUGGCCGGCGAGCUGAAGCAUGGGCCUUUGGCGCUCGUCGACGAAACCAUGCCUGUGAUCAUGAUUGUCACUCGUGACCCCGUUUACAAUAAAUGCAUGAAUGCAUUGCAACAAGUGACUGCCCGCGAAGGCCGACCAAUUUUGAUCUGUGAAAAGGGUGACAAGGAGACGCAAGAGUUCGCCUCCAGCAUCUUGGAAGUGCCACACUCGGUUGACUGUUUGCAAGGAAUUUUGACGGUGAUUCCCCUGCAGCUGCUGUCCUACCACAUCGCAGUCCUCAGGGGCUGCAACGUCGACUGCCCCCGAAACCUGGCCAAGAGUGUGACUGUGGAGUGAACUCGACAUUUUCUUCCAAAACACGCAUUUCUCUCAUAUCUUCCGAAUCGGCACCAACAUUCCCUGCUCGACAUUCAAUUCUUAGUCCCCUCUAGCGCUGGCUAAACUUAAAAAAAUCUUAUUCUUUUAAUAAGUUGGAGUUUUAAUUUUAAAACAUAUAUGAAACAUUGAGAAUUUUAUUUUCUUUUAACUGUCUUUUGUUGUGGUAUAGAAGAGUUUCAAAAGCGUUCGACUACAUCAAACGUGAUUUUGAAAUGGUUUUUAUAAAGACCUCUUGGUUCAGUGUAUAAUGAUGUAGAAUUCCUAAAAUGUGAAUAAAGUAUUUCUCUUAAAGUGUAAAAA